AUGUCAGUCGAUUCGUCUUUCAUUACGACGUUUUACUAUCAUGGCGGCCGCCGUAGGCAGGAUUUGUGGGGCACGACUUUUGAAAAAUUAUGGGAUAGUUGGACCCAAGGUCCGUCAGCUGUCCACCACUGCUAAGGGAUGGACAAAGAAUAGGAAAUUGUGGUUAUCCACAUUGGGUGUGGUUGGUGGUGGAGUAGGUGCUCUACUGUUUGCCCUAGAGCAAUCCGUUGAAGCUUCUGAUGAUAGGGCCCAUGCAUUUCACCAGCCUUGGAGCCAUGAUGGCUGGUUCCAAUCUUUAGACCAUGCAAGUGUUCGCCGUGGCUAUGAAGUAUACAAGCAAGUGUGCAAAGCCUGUCAUUCUCUGCAAUACAUUGCUUUCCGUAACUUGGUCAAUGUUACCCAUACUGAAGACGAAGCAAAGGCUGAAGCAGCUGAGGUGACGGUAAAAGAUGGUCCCGAUGAAGAAGGCAACUACUUUGAGAGACCCGGAAAACUCUCAGACUACUUACCAUCUCCAUACCCCAAUGAGAAUGCUGCCAGAGCUGCAAACAACGGUGCUUACCCACCCGACCUGUCACUCAUAGUAUCAGCUCGCAAGGGUGGAGAGGACUACAUCUUUGCCCUACUGACUGGAUAUAUGGAUGCACCUGCUGGAAUCAUAUUGCGAGAGGGACAAAAUUACAACCCAUACUUCCCUGGCGGUGCUAUUUCUAUGGCACAAGUGCUGUUCGAUGAGGCAGCAGAAUAUAGUGACGGGACACCAGCAACGGCGUCCCAAUUGGCCAAGGACGUUGCCACUUUCCUCCGGUGGUGUUCUGAACCAGAACUUGACGAUCGUCGUCUUAUGACUAUCAAGGCCAUAGGCAUCUUUUCAGUGUUGGCCGCUAUAGUAUAUUACUAUAAACGGCACAAGUGGUCUACACUCAAAUCCAGGAAACUAGCCUACAAACCCGUCUCUAAGAAAUAAGACAUAGUAGUGUAAAGCGUAAAAUUUAGACAAUUUUUUUUCAAUAGGCGACACAAAUGUUAUUUGUUUAUAAUUAAAAUAAUUUAUUUCAUACGAAAUUUUUUCUUUUCUGUUAUUCUAAAAUCAUGUUCACGCUUUGCUGACCGCGGUUACCAUUCAUACCUGGCUAGUUUUAGCGGGGUAAUAUUAUAACUGUUAAUAAUUUAUGUAAUGUUAAACUUGUAUUAACGUCUGUCGUAUGGUGAAUGCGGCACAGUUGGUACAAUUGUAAGCUGUGCAAGUGAUGUUCCAUGAAAAUUAAACUAUGAAUCCGUGUACAGUUCAAUAAAUGAGUUAUUGAAAAUCGUGG